AUGGCGGACUACGAGGAGGACUACGACUAUGAGAACUACGCCGAUGAUGAUGAGGGCAUCACCCCCGAGGAUUGCUGGACCGUCAUUUCCUCUUUUUUCGAUACCAAGGGUCUCGUUUCGCAGCAGACUGACUCCUUUGACGAGUUUACGCAAACGACGAUACAGGACCUGGUAAACGAAUAUUCCACCAUCACUCUUGACCAACCGAACCCUCCAUCAGCCGCCGGGGAAAAGGUUGCUCUUCGACGAUAUGAGAUCAAAUUCGGAACUGUCAUGGUCUCCCGUCCGACCAUCAGCGAGACUGACGGAACUGUAACGUCGCUCCUACCGUACGAAUGCCGUGACCGAAACUUGACUUAUGCAAGUCCGCUCUACAUCAACAUCACGAAGAAGGUCUCCAGGGCUGUGGAGCAAGAUUUGGCCUACAAAGAGUUGGAUGAUGCCCAACGUGAAGAACUCAAGAGGACCGGUGAAAUGCCCACAAAACUUGUCUGGGAACUGGAGGAAUCCGCCGAGGACGACGACCCCGGCAAGUCUGAGGACUGGAAGAACAUGGUAUUUGUUGGGAAACUACCCAUCAUGGUCAAGUCCAAGAUUUGCCACUUGAGUCGCGAGCAGGAGGACAGCUUGUUCAUGGUCAAUGAAUGCCCCUACGAUCAGGGUGGCUACUUUGUCAUCAAUGGCAGCGAAAAGGUCCUUAUUGCGCAGGAGCGCUCUGCUGCCAACAUCGUUCAGGUUUUCAAAAAGGCCCAGCCUAGCCCGUACACGUACACUGCUGAGAUCAGAAGUGCCUUGGAGAAGGGCUCGCGACUUAUUUCGAGUUUGACACUAAAGCUAUAUGGCAAGGGCGACUCUGCUCGUGGUGGCUUCGGUCAGACUAUUCACACAACCCUUCCUUUUGUCAAGUCCGAUCUUCCGAUUGCCAUCGUCUUUCGCGCCCUGGGUGUUGUGUCCGAUGAGGACAUUCUCAACCACAUCUGCUACGACAGAAAGGACAGCCAAAUGCUGGAAAUGCUUCGACCAUGUAUCGAAGAGGCCUUUUGCGUCCAGGACAGAGAAGUCGCCCUUGACUUCAUCGGCAAGCGAGGCAACCGAGAUCAGGCUGGCUUGGGCAGAGACAAACGUGUUCGCGUUGCCAAGGACAUUUUGCAGAAGGAGACACUUCCUCACAUCUCCCAAACCGAAGGCAGCGAGACGAGAAAGGCCUUUUUCCUGGGCUACAUGGUCCAUAAACUCCUCCAAUGCGCUCUUGGACGACGUGAGCCUGACGACCGUGAUCACUUUGGCAAGAAGCGGUUGGACCUGGCUGGUCCCCUAUUGGCCAAGCUCUUCCGUGGCAUCAUUCGCAGAAUGAAUACAGAAUUAUCAAAUUAUCUGCGAAGAUGCGUCGAGGGCAACCGGCACUUCAAUCUGGCGGUUGGUAUCAAGCCCGGAACUCUCUCCAACGGUCUGAAAUAUUCUCUUGCCACUGGUAACUGGGGAGAUCAGAAGAAGGCCAUGAGUUCGACCGCUGGCGUGUCCCAAGUGCUGAAUAGAUAUACUUUUGCGUCAACCCUCUCUCACUUGCGGCGAACCAACACACCUAUUGGUAGAGACGGAAAACUCGCCAAGCCGCGCCAGCUGCACAAUACACAUUGGGGCUUGGUCUGUCCUGCCGAAACGCCAGAAGGUCAGGCUUGUGGUCUGGUCAAGAAUUUGUCAUUGAUGUGUUAUGUCAGUGUGGGCUCACCGGCUGAGCCGUUGAUCGAAUUCAUGAUCAACCGUGGCAUGGAGGUGGUGGAAGAGUAUGAGCCGCUGAGAUAUCCUCACGCCACCAAGAUUUUCGUCAAUGGGGUUUGGGUGGGUGUACACCAAGAUCCCAAGCACCUUGUCAGUCAAGUCUUGGAUACCAGACGAAAGUCGUAUCUGCAGUACGAGGUGUCUCUGGUGCGAGAAAUCAGGGAUCAAGAGUUCAAGAUUUUCUCCGAUGCUGGUCGGGUUAUGAGACCAGUAUUCACUGUGCAGCAGGAAGACGACCCUGAGACGGGCAUUGAAAAGGGCCAUUUGGUCCUGACCAAGGAGUUGGUCAACAGGCUUGCCAAAGAACAAGCUGAACCGCCCGAGGACCCAAGCGAGAAGAUUGGCUGGGAGGGACUUAUUCGUGCCGGUGCUGUCGAGUAUCUCGAUGCCGAAGAAGAAGAGACGUCGAUGAUCUGCAUGACGCCGGAAGACCUUGAGCUGUAUCGUCUGCAGAAAGCUGGCGUUGCCCUCGAAGAUGACAUUGGAGAUGACCUGAACAAGCGUCUCAAGACCAAGACCAACCCCACAACUCACACGUACACACAUUGCGAAAUCCACCCCAGCAUGAUUCUUGGCAUUUGCGCCAGCAUCAUUCCGUUCCCCGACCACAAUCAGUCCCCUCGUAACACCUAUCAAUCCGCCAUGGGUAAGCAGGCGAUGGGUUUCUUCCUCACUAAUUACUCUCGCCGCAUGGACACCAUGGCAAAUAUUCUCUACUAUCCCCAGAAACCUCUGGCCACCACGCGAUCGAUGGAAUUUCUCAAGUUUCGCGAGUUGCCUGCUGGCCAGAAUGCCAUCGUUGCUAUUGCCUGUUAUUCUGGCUACAACCAGGAGGAUUCCGUCAUCAUGAACCAGAGCAGUAUUGACAGAGGUUUGUUCCGAAGUUUGUUCUUCCGCUCAUACUCCGAUCAGGAAAAGAAGGUCGGCUUGAACUACACGGAAGUGUUUGAGAAGCCAUUCCAUCAGAGUACCCUUCGUAUGAAGCAUGGAACAUAUGAUAAGCUUGACGAUGAUGGCAUUGUUGCACCGGGCGUGCGUGUAUCAGGGGAGGACAUCAUCAUUGGCAAGACGGCGCCUAUCGACCAAGAGAGUCAGGAUCUGGGAACCAGAACCAGCGUUCACCAGAGGCGUGAUAUCUCCACCCCGCUGAGAAGCACCGAGAACGGCAUUGUGGACUCGGUCAUUCUCACAGUCAACGCCGACAAUGUCAAGUAUGUCAAGGUUCGCGUCCGAACAACAAAGGUCCCGCAAAUCGGCGACAAGUUUGCUUCCCGUCACGGUCAAAAGGGAACUAUUGGCGUCACCUACCGACAGGAGGACAUGCCUUUUACAAGGGAAGGCGUUACGCCAGACAUCAUUAUCAACCCGCACGCCAUUCCAUCCCGAAUGACGAUUGCUCACUUGAUCGAGUGCCUGCUGAGCAAGGUGUCGACGUUGGAAGGCAUGGAGGGUGACGCCACACCGUUCACGGAUGUAACGGUGGACUCUGUGUCCGAAUUGUUGCGCAAACACGGUUACCAGUCCAGGGGUUUCGAGAUCAUGUACAACGGCCAUACUGGCAAGAAGCUGAGGGCGCAGGUGUUCUUUGGGCCUACGUAUUACCAGCGACUUCGUCACAUGGUCGACGACAAGAUCCACGCGCGUGCUCGUGGACCGGUACAAAUCAUGACACGCCAGCCUGUCGAGGGUCGUGCUAGAGACGGUGGUCUCCGGUUUGGAGAAAUGGAGCGUGACUGUAUGAUUGCUCACGGCGCAGCUGCCUUCUUGAAGGAGCGAUUGUUCGAAGUGUCGGACGCCUUCCGAGUUCACAUUUGUGAAAUUUGCGGGCUGAUGACGCCAAUUGCAAACCUAUCAAAGCAAUCGUUUGAAUGCCGACCGUGCAAGAACAAGACCAAGAUUGCCCAGAUCCACAUUCCCUACGCUGCCAAGCUGCUGUUCCAGGAACUCCAGUCCAUGAACAUUGCAGCAAGAAUGUUUACCAACAGAUCCGGCGCAAGCAUUCGAUGA